CUGCCGCCGGCGGGGGCGGCCGCCGGCCGGGAUCGCACCCGCGGAGGCUACGCGGGACGGCGGGAGUGAAGCUGCUGCUGCUGCUGCGGGAAGCGAGAGCACCGAGGGAGCCAGCCGGGCGGGCGAGCAGCCGCCGCAGCCGCGCCGGGCCCUCCGCGGGCGCGGAUCGUCCUUCUCGUCCCUGCUCGGCCCGGACUAGAGGCGGCGGCGUGGGAUGCAAGGGGGGAUCCCGAGCGGGAGCGGACGCACACUGCUACGGAAGACUUUUCCUCCCAGCUGUUGCUGCUAAAGUCUCAGAUCCCGACUGUGAACAGGUCACCCUAAAGAAUGGCCGAGCCUUCUGGGAACGAGCUGGCGUCCGCGGCUGCCAAGGGGGACCUAGUGCAACUUACUAAUUUGUUGCAAAAGAAUGUAAACGUCAAUGCACAAAAUGGAUUUGGGAGGACUGCGCUGCAGGUAAUGAAACUCGGGAACCCCGAAAUUGCCAGGAGGUUGCUAAUUAACGGUGCAGACCCCAAUCUGAAAGACAGUACCGGUUUCGCUGUAAUUCAUGAUGUAGCCAGAGAGGGUUUUCUGGACACUUUGCAGACUCUGGUGGAGUUUCAAGCUGAUGUUAACAUUGAGGAUAACGAGGGCAACCUGCCCUUGCACUUGGCGGCCCGGGAGGGGCAUGUGCGGGUGGUGGAGUUUCUGCUGGAGCGCCCGGGGUGCAGGGUGGGCCACCAGAACAAGCGAGGGGCCACCGCCUACGACCUGGCCAAGCUUUACAGGAGAUCCGACGUGGUGAAGCUCUUGGAGGACAGCAGCUUGCUCCCUGAAGACAGGAAUUAAACCCAGCUCGGACCUGCUCUCCUUUGGACAUUAAGGCUUUCAGCCUUCUUUUUUCUUUUUUUUCUUUUUUUUUUUUUUUCCCUCCUUUUAAAUAACAUUUGUUGCAACCUUGCUUCUAUAUAUAUAUAUUUUUUUUUUUUUUUUUUGGAACAGCUGGUAGUAUAAGUCUCAAAAAAAAUUCUAGAGGUGGGUUUGUAGGGGAUGGAAAUGUUUUAAAUCCACUCUCUCUGCGAUUUCUUACAUCUUCCAUUUACUCAGCUAUAUCUGCGUUGGUUGCUCCUAUUUAGUUUUCCAGUAUCAACUUUGACAAUUUAUUCUCAGUCAUUCGUUAUAAGUCAUUAAUACCAGAGCUACAUAUUCACACGCUUAACGUUGCUGGACUUUUAAGAAAAAAAAGAAAUAGCUUACUGUGAUUUCUCCCACCUCUCAACGCAACUCCCUCUUUUCCUCCUUCCCCCCCAACCCUUCCUCUCCUCCCCCUGAAGAUUCUGAAGUCCUGUUUUGGAUGAAAACAGCUUUUUUCAGGGGUAACCUGCGGCCGCCUGCUCAGGCAGAGCUUCAAGGCUGCUUGGCCUGAGGAGGGAGGGCAGCGCUCAGAGGCUUUGGGAAAUAGCUGCAUUUUAACACUAACAACAGCUCGUAGAAGUAGGUCACUUACUUACUUUCUAAAUGUAGAUGGCACUUUCCCUCUUUGUGUAUUUAAACUUUCACCAAGCUGGUUUUGAGUUUAGUCGCCAGAGUGUGCCGGUGUAAGGGCUGGGUUUGUUUUUUUUUGGGGGGGGGUUGCUAGAGACUCGAAACAGCUCGGGUUAGUGGCUGGUGUUUGCUGGGCGAGGAACGAGGCGGCUUCUCUAGUUUCAAAACAAGCAGCAGAGAACCAUUGUCAGAGGCAAGAGGACACGAAGGCUGUAACACACGUUUUCUGGUCCCUUCAUAAGCCGAGUGCAGUUUAGAUGCUCUUUAAGAAACAUUUGCUUUCCACCAACUCUUCUGCUUUGCCUGGAAAUAAACUAUUUUAAGGGUAGAUGCAUCUCACAAAACCAGGAAUGUUUGAAUGCUGUGACAUUUAGGAAGCAACACGUUUUAAUAGUCGGGAAGAUAUGUUAUUGCUUGCGCCUAAAACGCAAUUUAACCAUGGAAAAUUUUCCAUUGCAGUACAGUUCAGAGUAUUCGUGAGACCCAAAUUCAUUUCCCUCUCCAGCUAGAGAUGUUCUGCACACUUUCGGGAAAGAGUUUAGCAUGAAACUUCUAACAUUUGUACGGGAUCUAGUUGCUGGACAGAUGGGCAGUUUAAAGUGUUUGAUUUUGAAUAGUCUAAAAUUUAAUUUCGCGAAAUAGAAGGUUUUAAAUCAAUGCAAAAUGAAUAGUACUGAAAAUAGCACUUAAAAGAGGAACGGGUGUACAUUAGCUUAGAUUUUAACUCUUCAAAACAAAACAAAAUUGUAGCCCCACAAAAUCAGUUAAUAAGGUUUUCGAGUAAAAAGUAAUUUGCUGAAACUGUGUCACGUUCACCAUACGCUCUGUCACACUGCUGUGUUUUCUGAUUAAAAACCUCUGUGAAAUACGAA